AUGGCAUCCCCAUCCUCCCCGCCCAGCAAGCGCAAGCGCAGCGCCUCGCAUCUGCCAGCACCACAAAUCGCCCCGGCCACCGAGCUUCAACCAUCCUCGCGCGACGCGUCCGGCGAGGAAGGAGAAGAAUCAGCCGGUCCCGCCACUGCCGCCAUUGCCAGACAUAAGAAGCAAUCUCGCACUACCGAAGAGGCCGUUCCGCCCUCCAAGCGUGCCCGCAAGAGCUCCGAUGCCAACGCGACCGGUACUGAAGUUCCCAACGGCACUACCAUCCACAAAGAGGACCCCGGCGAGCCAUCAGAGACGACCAUUGCUAGCAGUGAUAUCGAGAGUCGGCCUAGAAGUCGUCCCGGGUUACAUAUUAAUUUGCCCGAUGCCGAGGAGGAGCAGCGUCGCGCGGCGAUGCUGCCGCCACAGCGUGGGGGGUUACAAGAUCCCGUUGGAUAUAAGACGAACCCACCACCUGAAGGGCGGGCGGUCCGGGUGUAUGCGGACGGUGUGUUUGAUUUGUUCCAUCUCGGCCACAUGAGACAGCUCGAGCAGGCCAAAAAGGCUUUCCCCGAAGUGUACCUGAUUGUCGGUGUUACUGGCGAUGAAGAGACACAUCAACGUAAGGGUCUGACCGUGCUCAGUGGUGCCGAGCGCGCAGAGACCAUUCGGCAUUGCAAGUGGGUGGACGAGGUUAUUCCUAAUUGCCCAUGGAUUGUUACCCCGGAGUUUUUGUCCGAGCAUCAGAUCGACUAUGUCGCGCACGACGACCUGCCGUACCAGGCCGACGAGGGCGAUGAUAUCUACGAGCCUAUCAAGGCACAGGGCAAGUUCUUGGUCACCCAGCGGACAGAGGGUGUCAGCACCACCGGCAUCAUCACUCGCAUCGUCCGUGACUACGACCAGUACAUCUCUCGACAAUUCAAGCGCGGAGCCUCGCGCCAAGAACUCAACGUGUCCUGGUUGAAGAAGAACGAACUCGAAAUUAAACGCCACGUCGCCGAGAUCCGCGACAACAUUCGCAGCAACUGGACCAUGACCGGCCAGGAACUCGGCCGUGAGCUCCGUCAGAUCUGGCAGAACAGUCGGCCCGGUAGUCCCGCGCCCACUGCUCGCAACAGUGUGGACUAUGUCAGUGCCCGUGGGCCGCUGGCGAGCCCGACGGGUGGUAGCAAGAGCCACCUGUCGCGCGUCGAGGCGCUGAACCGGCCUGAUAGUCCUGGUGUGGGUCGUAAUGAGGACUUUGCGACCGGUUAUAGCUUGGGAUUGAUUGGUGGAGUGCGUGCAUGGAUGGCUCGUAGCCGCCUCUCUCUCACAGAACCUCCUAGUCACCCCCACUCACCCACGGACGAGGACGAUUCCGAGCAAAACGGAUACGAGGAGAACGAGACCCGUGGCCGCAAGGGUGUGACUGCGCCAUAG